UUAUUUUACACAUGCAGUCAAUCCAUUUUUUUUUUUGGGUUAGUUUCUAUUAUAUCUAGAUUAAAUAGCUAAUACAAUUGUUAUUUUGUAAUUUAUGAAGUCAUAGAUUUUUUUUUUGAAGUUAUUAACAUAUAAUCAUCUGAUUAAAAUUUAUAUAAGCAAACAUUAACCAUGAUAAGUAUGAAGGCAAUCCUAUAGUAAUUCAAUUUACACAAUUUAGUGGAUUUGCUAAAAGAUCUCUCUCUAUUAUUUCCAUCCUCUGAAUCAAACUUGUACAAAAAUAGACUUUCCCUUACUUUGCAAGAGAGUGAGAAUAACAACAAUUAACAACUACCUUACUUGAAGGUGAACCAUCAAAUAUGUUAUGUUAUAUCCAAAACAUAAGGUUAACCUCUUAUACCUUAAUCUAGAUUUGUAGUUCUAUUUUAGAGCACUGUCAUUCUUCCUCUUUCCUCUUUUUUCAUUCUCUUCUCCUAAGGGAAAAAUACUAUGAACAAUAAAGAGAAGAAAUAAGUUUCAUUUUUACAACCUUCACUCAUAUAUAUAUUCAUACAAUAAAAAAAUGCAAGUUGGAAUUGUAAAUGCUACAGUACUAUGCCAAAAUCCUCAUGUUAUUAUUCACAAGAAUGUGUGGAACUUAGGCAACCCACUUACUUCCCCCACUUCUCUUCUCUUUCUGCAGAUAUCUAUCAUUACUAUAGUCACACAAUUAUUGGAUGCUUGUCUCAGGCCACUAGGUCAAACCUCUCUUGUAUCUCAUAUUCUUGGAGGAGUGGUAUUUGGUCCAUCAGUUUUGGGGAACGACCAGAUGCUGACGAAUAUCUUAUUCCCUAUGAAAGGUGCUCUAAUACUUCAAACAAUGGCAACUUUCUGCCUCAAUUUCUUCUACUUCAUAUGUUGUGUAAAGAUGGACACUGCCACAGUGCUGAAGACAGAAAAACAAGCCAUCACAAUUGGUAUUUCUGUAUUCUCAUUUUCAUUAGGAAUCCCUCUUGGAUUAGCCUUUGCAAUGAAAAAAUAUGUUUCCAUGGACAAAACCCUCUCGGACGCUCUCCCAAUGAUAGCUAUCUCGCAAAGCAUGACCGUAUUCAUCAGCAUAUCAGUGCUUCUAUCAGAGCUUAAAAUCCUAAACACCGAUGUUGGCCGUCUAACGCUAUCAUCCGCGUUGUUUUCUGAUGUUGUUAGCUUCACUAUGACAGUAUUUAUGUUUGCAGCAUUGCAGGAUAAAAGUGGUAAUGGCAGUCCGCUGACACUACUUUGGGUCAUUCUAUCCACAGUUGCACUCUUGGUUUUUAUCAUAUAUGUAAUGAGGCCGGCUAUACUAUGGUUCAUAGGCCGAUUAAAUGGAAAGUCUAUUGAUGAAAAUUUUGUUAUUUGUAUCCUUCUAUGUGUUAUGUUCACUGCAUUCAUUAGCGAAUUCAUUGGACAACAUUUCGCAAUGGGACCAAUAAUUUUAGGCCUCGUUGUUCCUGAAGGGCCGCCUUUAGGAACAACUAUGAUAUCGAAAAUGGAGACGAUUUCUUGUGCUUUUCUGUAUCCAAUCUACCUUGCUGUCAGUGGAUUGCAGACUAAUGUAUUCAAAAUCAACAUUCAGUCAGCUUGGAUUGUGACUGUCAUAGUUCUUGUCGGUUUCAUCGUGAAGAUUGGUGCUGUUAUGUUGCCAGGUUAUUUUUACAAUGUUCCAAUGAAAGAUUGUAUUGUGAUUGGGAUCCUUCUCAACGGAAGAGGUAUAGCUGAGCUCAGCAUGUUCAAUAUAUGGAAGGAAGGCAAGGUACUAUCAGAACAAGAGUUCUCUUUGAUGGUGAUGUCCCUUCUAGUGAUAAAUGCUAUCAUAGCACCACUGAUAAAACUCUUGUUUGAUCCUUCAGCCCCAUAUAAUUCUGGAAAAAGAUGUUCAAUACAACAUACCAAGCGGGAUUCUGAGCUCCGAAUCAUGGUAUGCAUUUACAAAGAUGAAAACAUCCCAACAAUGCUCAACAUCAUAGAAGCAUCAUGUGCAAGCAAAGAAAGCAAUGUUUCAGUUAUAGCACUUCUCCUUGUAGAGCUUCUCGGAAGGUCAAGGCCUAUUCUUGUCGCUCACCAAGAGCACGACACGCUUCGGUUAACCAAAUGUGGUUCAACUGAACUCGACAAUGCAUUGAAGCAAUAUGUACAGCUCAAUGAAGGGUUCGCAUAUGCUCAAUCAUUCACAUCAAUCUCUGACUUUGACACAAUCAAUGACGAUGUUUGUCGAAUAUCGCUAGACAGAAGAGCCAACAUUAUGAUCAUGCCAUUUCAUAAAAGGUGGGAAAUAGAUGGAACAGUUGAGGUAAACAAUGGAGCAAUCCAAAGAGUAAACAUUAAAGUCCUCGAAAGAGCUCCUUGUUCGGUUGGAAUCCUCAUCGACCGAGGCAUCUUAAGUGGUUCUCCAUCACUUUUAAUAUCCAAGGCAACAUACUAUAUUGCAGUUCUCUUCAUUGGAGGUGCAGAUGAUGCCGAGGCACUAGCCUAUGCAAGUAGAAUGGCUAGACAUGAAUGUGUGAAUGUAACCGUGGUUAGAUUCCUCACAUUCGGAGAAGAAAAUUCAAAAGAUAGAAAACAUGACAGUGAUCUAGUAGAUGAAUAUAGAUAUUACAAUGCUGGAAAUAUAAGGUUUGAGAUAACUGAAGAAGUUGUGAAAGAUGGAAUAGAAUUUUCUUCUAGUAUAAGAAGAAUGAUAGAUUAUUUUGAUUUAGUUAUGGUUGGGAGGGGACAUCCUCAAUCUGUUUUGUUACAUGGACAUGAUCAAUGGAGUGAGUGUCCUGAGUUAGGUGUGGUUGGUGAUAUGUUGGCUUCAACAGAUUUUGUGACAAAGGCAUCUGUGUUGGUGGUGCAACAACAGAGAAUGGCAGGGAGAUUGGCUAAACAAAAUGUUAACACAUUGCCAAAUCAAAAGGAUCAACUUGUACAUGAUGUUCCAAUGGAUGAACCACAUAGAGCUUCUUGUACUAUUUCAGUGGAUAAAUAUUCCAAUGUAGGUAGAUAGAUAGAUCUUUAUUAUUUAUUGAAUUUCCAUUGUCAAUAUAUGAGUUAUACAAAAUAUGGAUUUUCAUUUGAAAACUCACAUUUA